AUGUCUGCGGACGACAAGGACGACCAGGUCAUCAAGCCGCAGGCCUCGGCGGCGGCGGUCGACACCAACGACUGGCCGCUGCUGCUCAAGAACUUUGAGAAGCUGCAAAUCCGCACCGGUCACUUCACGCCCAUCCCCCACGGCAGCGCGCCGCUGCGUCGCGACCUCAAGUCGUACAUCAGCUCCGGUGUCAUCAACCUGGACAAGCCGUCGAAUCCUUCGAGUCACGAAGUCGUUGCCUGGAUCAAGCGCAUUCUCCGUGUCGAGAAGACUGGUCACUCUGGUACCCUUGACCCCAAAGUGACGGGUUGUCUGAUUGUCUGCGUCGACCGCGCCACGCGCCUCGUUAAGUCGCAGCAGGGUGCCGGUAAGGAGUACGUCUGUAUCGCACGCCUGCACGGCAAGGUGGCCGGCGGAGAGCCCGAGGUCGCGCGUGCCCUCGAGACCCUGACCGGUGCCCUGUUCCAGCGCCCGCCGCUGAUUUCCGCCGUCAAGCGCCAGCUCCGUAUCCGCAGUAUCUACGAGUCCAAGGUGAUUGAGUUCGACAACGAGCGCGGGCUGUUCGUCUUCUGGGCGUCCUGCGAAGCCGGCACCUACAUGCGGACGCUCUGCGUGCACCUGGGUCUGCUGCUCGGCGUCGGCGCGCACAUGCAGGAGCUGCGCCGUGUCCGCUCCGGCGCCAUGGACGAGACCAAGAACCUCGUCACGCUCCACGACGUCCUCGACGCCCAGUGGCUCUACGACAACACGCGCGACGAGUCGUACCUGCGGCAGAUCAUCCAGCCCCUCGAGUCGCUCCUCACGUCGUACAAGCGCCUCGUCGUCAAGGACAGCGCCGUCAACGCCGUCUGCUACGGCGCCAAGCUCAUGCUGCCGGGCCUGCUGCGCUACGAGUCGGGCAUCGAGCUGCACGAGGAGGUGGUGCUCAUGACGACCAAGGGCGAGGCCAUUGCCAUUGGCAUUGCGCAGAUGUCGACGGUCGAGAUGAGCACGUGCGACCACGGCGUCGUGGCCAAGGUCAAGCGCUGCAUCAUGGAGCGCGACCUGUACCCGCGCCGCUGGGGCCUCGGCCCCGUCGCCACCGAGAAGAAGAAGCUCAAGGCCGACGGCAAGCUCGACAAGUUUGGCCGCACCAACGAGGCCACCCCGGCCAAGUGGACCGCCGGCUACGUCGACUACAACAAGCCGCUCGAGGACGGCGCUGCGGUCCCGGCCACCCCGGCCAAGGUCGCCGAGGUGAAGGAGGACAAGGAGGACAAGGAGAUGACCACGCCCGCGACGGCCGCCAAGAGCGACGACAAGGACAAGGAGAAGAAGCGCAAGGCCAAGCACGGCGACGAGACGGCCGAGGAGAAGGCCGAGCGCAAGCGGCGCAAGGCCGAGAAGAAGGCCAAGAAGGCCGCAGCCGCCGCGUCCAAGGGCGGCGACGACAGCGACAGCGAGUAA